UUUUUUUUAUAAAGUAACAUUAAAAAAAAAAAAGUUGUUGUUUGCAUACAUAUUUGGAUGGAUGAGACUACGUACUUGAUUCUUACAGAUGAUGUAGCAUGGGUUUGAAGCGGAGGAUAUAGCUUGAAUAUAAUGAGUUACAAAAAGAAAGAGCCAAAAGAGAUACGAGAAUAUAAAGCUCAAAAGAAAAAAGCUAAGGAGCGCAAUGAUUUUCUUGAAGCUGCCAAGAUCUGUAACCAAUUGGGAGAGCUGUAUUCAGAGCAUGGAGAUUAUUACAAUGCAAUUACUGAACAUGAAGAAGAAAUUUAUUUUAGUGAAAUAUCAGGAGAUGCAAUAGGUGUUGCUGUAGGUCAUCGCAAAGUCGGUGAAGCUUAUUGCUCGUUAGAAAUAUUCGAAAAAGCAUUUUUUCACCAACAAAAAUAUUAUGAGAUAGCAAAGUAUAAUAACAACACUCUUGAGCAACAAAGAGCACUAGCAACAUUAGGACGCACAUAUUUUAUACAAACUGAUUGCACGUCAUCACAGGAAGAAACAAAUAGAUGUUUAGAAUCUUCAUUGAAAUUAUUUCUUGAAAGUCUCGAGCUUUGUGAUAAACUGUAUGGAGUUGUUUCUGAGAAAGAAAUGCUUGAAAUCAGGGCUCGUUUAUAUUUAAAUCUUGGGAAUGUUUAUGAUAAAAAAGAAAAUAGUAAAGAUUCACUUAAGUUUGUUAGCAAAGCACUUAUUAUUGCAAGAGAACAAAAACUACCAGAAGACAUUUAUCGCUGUCACUUCAGUCUUGCUGGUCUUUAUUUUAAGAGUAACAAUAUGGAGAAAGCUUUGCAUCAUGUCAAGCAAUCUCUUUCAACUGCUAAAGAUAUACAUAGCAAAGCAUUGGAAUUAGAUGCACUGUUACUUCUAGCUCAGGUUUUCUUACAACUAAGUGAGUUUGAACGAGCAAUUCAGAUAUUUAAGCAAGUUUACUCAUCCAUGUCAAAUAAUAAAGAAGCUUUAAAAGGACUUAAAUUAGCCAUAUUAGGAUUGCAAUUGACUCGAAAGUAUAAUGAGAAAGAAUCUUUAAAAAGGAAUGAUUUGGUUUCUCUUUGUGAAAAGUUAGGUGACUUCUAUGCAAAAUUUUCACCACAACACGCAAUAAAAUACUAUAAAGAACAAUUAGAUUUAUAUUUGGACACUAAAGAUGAAAAAAAUCAUGUAAUGCUUGCAUCUAUUUACAAUUCUUUGGCGUUGACAUAUUACGAAUGUAAGCUUUAUGAUGAUGCAAUGGUAUACUACCAACUUGAAUUGAAAAUGCACAAUAGUAAUGAAUAUAAUGAGAAAUUUGACACCUUGUACAUGAUUUUAAAAAUAUUAAAACUUGGUUGUGCACCUUUUGAAGUCUUGAAAGUAUAUUUAGAUCUAGCAAUUGAUUGUGCAAGAAAAAGUGAAAAACCUAAUUCUGCGAUGAUGGAUGCCUACAAACGUUUUUCUGAUGAUAUUUUAUGUUGCAAAACUCAAGAAGAAUACAACUAUUUAAAAAAAAAGAUUGAGACAUGUAUUGAUGAAGUUGAUGAAGAAUCUGAAAGAUCUAGUGAUUGUGGUGAUGGUCUUUUCUUAAAUGAAGAGGAGAAACUAUUUAUUGAACAUGAGUGUGGAGGUUUAGAAAAUGAGGAAGAACUAGUUGAAAAAAAUUCAAGAAGCACUAAAAGAAAAGCAAAAUCAAAGGUUAACCAUAUUAAUGCUCUUGGUGAAACACCUCUUCAUAUUGCUGCCAUUGCAGGUAACACUGGGCGAGUGACACUUCUUUUACAACAGGGUGCAUCUGUUCAUGCGCGAGAUGCGUCUGGGUGGCAACCUAUUCAUGAGGCAUGCAAUCAUGGGUUUGUUGAUAUUGUUGAACUGUUAAUACUGAAUGGAGCUGAUGUCAAUGAUCCUGGUGGAAAGCAUUGUGGUGGCACGACACCUCUUCAUGAUGCUUCUCAGAAUGGGCAUUUAAAUGUUGUGAAGCUACUUUUAGCACAUGGUGCAUCACCUCAAACUAGAAACACCGAAGGUAAAACUCCACUUGAAGUUGUACGUGAACUUAUAAAAGCAGAUAAAGAAGAAUUUCGUGAGAAUACAAAUGAUAAAGAUCUUUAUAUCAUGCGUAUUAAAGUAGAGGAAUAUUUAUCACAAAUAUCAGAUGUCUCAAUUGAUUGGAAAAAACAUAGAAACAGUGUUAUAGUUAAUGAAACAAAUGAAAGUAAAUACAAGCAAAACAAGACAUUAGAAAAUGAUAAUAUAGCUCCUUAUAAAAAAAGAAAACUAAAGAGUGGACUUCCAUUAGACUUAAUAACACAUGAAUCUCCUUUUGAAGAAGUUAUUGCAGAAAGUAGUUCAACAACAUCUUCCACUGUUAGUUUAAGUGAAGAUAUUUCUGAUUUAGAAUCACUUUAUUCUGAUGCGGAUCCUUUAGAAGAUAUAAGUGAAAACUGUCAUGAACCUGACUCUCCUAUUGUCUCUAAUAUCAUUUACAAGGAACCGACCAAAAUAUUUAAAAAAUCAACUGAAGUACCAGCCAAAAUACUCAAAAAUCAGGAUAACUUACAAAGCUUUAAAAAAAAAACUUCUUUAAAAGCAAAAAGAUAUCGUCAAUCAAAAAUUAGCGUAUUGCAUACUCCAAAAGAAAAUCUUGAUAUUUUUGAUUGCAACAUAAUCAGAAAAAAAAGUGGUCAUCACAAUACAACCAAAGCAAAACAACAUCAUCUUGAUAGUUUUGUCGUGAAGUCUGUAAAUGAUGUUCAUAUAGUAAACAAACAUUUGGAAACUCAACUACCCGAACUACGAAAUGAUUCACUUAACUUUAAGCAAAAUUUAUUUCGAGUUAAGGUUCAUGUGAAUACUACAUGCUUUUUAAUUCCAUGUUCUAAUAAUGUUGAUGAGAAUGUCAGUUGGCUGAUUGAAAAGGUUGAGUCUCGGUAUCGUGCAGCAUGCGGAAUUUACGCACGACUAGCUCUUAAAACUAAAGAUGGUGCUUUAUUAAAUGAAAAUGAUGUCAUAAUGGAUAUUAUAGUAAAUAAUGAAGAAUUGGUUGGUGAAAUACUUCAUCUUGAUUUUCCUCCGUUAAAAGAAAGAUUUUUAUUAGCUUGUGAAGACAAAAAAAUAGCCGUAAAUGAUGAGCUACUUGAAGUAUUAACUAAUGGCGUCUCUUGUCUGAAAUUAAGUGACAUGUUUCUUGAAGACAAUGAUGUGUUUGUAUUAUCUAUUUGUUUACCUUGCAACUUGAAUAUAACAGUACUAGAUAUAUCCAAAACUUUGUUAGGAGAUGAAAACUUCAAAAUCCUUGUUAAUGUGUUGAUCACCUUGCCGAAUCUAUCUUCUCUUGAUAUCUCUAAUGUUAACAUUACAGCAGUUGGUUUAUGUUAUUUUUCUGAGCAUUUAGAUGAAAAAAUAAAAAAAGAGUAUCUAUUGUACAAUAAGAAACCACCAUAUUCUUCCCUCUCAACUCUUUUGAUGGAUUUCAAUGAUUUUUCUGAUCAAGAUAUGUUUCAACGUGCAUUGAGAGGCAUCAUAAAGAUAUGUGUUUCUUUAAUUUUUAUAAGUUUUCGCCAUUGUCUAUUGGGUUUUAACAUUUUCUAUCCAGGAUGUCCAUUAGAAAAUUCUCGUCUUCAAGUUCUACGAGCUUCCUGCGUUUCCAAUACUAUUGUAUCAAAUGUGCUCCAAACCAUUAGCACAAUGAGUUCCUUAACUUCUUUGGAUAUUGCAUUAGUUAGUCGUCCAAUCUCGGAAUCACAACCAUUCAAGCCGUUUUCGAAGCUUCAUAACAUGUUGUGUUUGCCAAAGCUGACUGAACUAAAAAUAGAAAGUUUAACUGCUACCGAAAUAUGGGACAUAACUACUGUAGCACCAUCUUUAAAAAGUUUAUGUGUUUUUAAUUCUAAUGAUAUGAUUCCUUUUGUCAGAUACUUAUCACAUAUGCCAUAUUUACAAGAAUUGGACAUGUCCGGUUGCGACAAUUUUGAUACUAAAGUGUUGAGCGAGCUUUUCAUACAUAUGGAAACAAACUGUUCUCUUGUCAAUAAACUAACGCUUGUUGCGUGUUCUAUUAAAUCCCCUUUAUUGGACAAUAUAUGGACGACUUUAGGUAGCAUCAAAUUAAUUUAUUUCAAUAUGGAUUUUAACGAACUUUCAGUUUUGGAUAAAAAUCGUUUGCGCGAUUGGUGGCUAGGUUUACAUGGAAACCAAUCGCAAUGCGCUAUUGUUGAUAAAAAGUGUACAUUUGAACUUUUCUGAAAGUUUUAUUGCGCAUUUUUAAAA